AUGUCACCUAGCCAGCACAGCCAUUUCAAGCUUCUCCAAAAGUUCAAGCCGGAUUACUCGCCUAGCGAGUUUGUCCAGUAUGAAUCGGAGAGGACGGGCAUGCGGGUUGUGGUCAUUGACCAAAAGGGCCCUAAAGUUACGGGGUAUUUCGUGCUAGCCACUGAGAUCUUAGAUGAUUCGGGAGCGCCUCACACAUUGGAGCAUCUGUGCUUCAUGGGGUCACGAAACUACAGAUACAAAGGGUUCCUCGACAAGCUCGCUACGCGGGUAUACUCGAAUACGAAUGCAUGGACUGCCACAGACCACACGGCGUACACGCUGGAUACUGCGGGCUGGGAGGGGUUUGCCCAGAUCCUUCCCGUCUAUCUAGAGCAUGUUAUUGCUCCUACGCUCACUGAUGAGGGCUGUUAUACUGAGGUACACCACAUCGACGGCACUGGAAACGAUGCCGGUGUGGUCUAUUCGGAGAUGCAGGGCGUGCAGAACAACUCUGCUGAGCUCAUCGAUCUGACCGCUCGCCGUUUGACUUAUCCUUCCGGCGUAGGGUUCCGUUACGAGACCGGCGGUAUGAUGGAGCAGCUCCGUGUCCUCACCGCAGACCGAAUUCGGGAGUUCCAUCGUGAUAUGUACCAGCCUCGGAACUUGUGUCUGAUUAUCACAGGUGAGGUCGAUCACGAGAACAUGCUUCAGACUCUGGAUAAAUUCGAGGAUACGAUUCUCGAUGUCAUCCCGCCGCCUGAUGCUCCAUUCCGUCGCCCCUGGGUUGACUCCAAACAGGCUCCACCGCUGGAGAAGUCUAUCGUGCAAACGGUAGAGUUCCCCGAGGAAGAUGAGUCUUUUGGUGAAAUCGAAAUUCGGUUCCUAGGUCCUGAUUGCACGGACCCCAUUCAAACCGGUGCUCUUAACGUUUCUCUCCUGUACCUAGCUGGGUCCUCGGCUUCCCUGCUGGACAACAUCCUGGUGGAGAAGGAACAAGUGGCCAGUGCCGUCUACUACGCAACUGAGGACCACCCGAGCAUUGAGAUCCGUUUCACGCUGACGAGCGUGGAGACCGAUAAACUUGCUCAAGUGGAGAAGCGGUUCUUCGAGGUGCUCAAGGACGCCAUGGAGAAGGAGCUCGACAUGAAGUACCUCAGGGAAUGCAUCGACAGACAGAAGCGGACUUGGAAGUUUUCCACGGAAAGCUCCGCGUCCUCGUUUGCCGAGUAUGUCAUUUCUGACUUCCUGUUUGGAAAGCGAGACGGCUCGACGAUGCUGGAUGUCGCGACUUUGAAGGAAUACGACGCCCUGGAGAAGUGGAGUGAAGGCGAAUGGCGCAGCUUCAUCAAGAAGUGGAUCGCCGACGCCAACCAUGUCACCAUCCUUGGUGUGCCAUCCAUGAAGAUGUCCGAUCAGCUCAAGAAGGAUGAGGAAGCCCGAGUUGCGGAACAGAAGAAGCGUCUCGGUGAGGACGGCCUGAAAAAGCUUGCCGAGAAACUCGAGAAAGCCAAGGCCGAGAACGACAAGGAGAUUCCCAAGGAUAUGCUCGAGAAAUUCCGCAUUCCUGGAAUCGAGUCGAUCCACUUCGUAGAGACCACUACAGCCCGGUCAGGUGCAGCUCUGAAAGCUGGCCGCCCCGAGCACCAAGCCCAGAAGACCGUUGAUGCCGAUGGUUCGGAAAUGCCGCUGUUUAUCCAUUUCGAACACAUCCCCAGCAGCUUCGUCCAGCUCUCUCUCGUCAUCUCGGCUCAGGCGGUCCCCGUCCAGCUCCGACCGCUCCUGUCCAUCUACACUGAAGCGUUCUUCAACCUGCCUGUCGAACGGGACGGUAAGACCAUCAACUUCGAGCAGGUCGUUGUCGAGUUGGAGAGAGACACCGUCGGUUACUCCAUGGAGGGGGCGCGCAGCGUGGGCAACUCCGAAAUGCUUCGCAUUUCCUUCCAGGUGGAGUUGGAGAAGUACAGCUCCGCCAUCGCCUGGCUCCAGGAACUCUCCUGGAACUCGGUCUUCGACGUGGAACGGCUCCGCGCCAUCACAAGCCGUCUCCUCGCCGACGUGCCCGACGCUAAGCGCAGCGGUGAUGACAUGCUGGCCGCCGUGCACGUCAUGGUGCACUACGCCGCGGAGUCGAUCGUGCGUGCGCGAAGCACCCUGGUCAAGGCACGCUAUCUCAAGCGUAUCAAGCGCCUGCUCGCGGAGCAGCCGGACGUCGUCGUCGCUCGCAUGGAGGAAAUUCGCAAGGCACUCUUCAAGUUCGAGAACAUGCGGGUCCUUGUCAUUGCCGAUCUGGAGAAGCUCAAGAACCCCGUCUCAGCAUGGAAGCCGUUCACGGAGCGCCUGGGCGCCGUGGCACCUCUGCAGCCCAUCACCGCUCGCAGACCGCUACUGAGCGAAGCUGGCCGGAACAUUGGCGGACAAUCGUAUGUGGUGCCCAUGCCGACGAUCGACUCGUCCUUUGCCUACGCCACCGCCCGCGGUCUGGACUCCUACGACCAUCCCAAGCUCCCGGCCUUGCUGGUGGCUAUUGCGUACAUGAACGCCGUUGAGGGGCCCCUGUGGGUUGCCGUCCGCGGCACGGGCCUGGCCUACGGCACCAACUUCGCCUACAACAUCGACACCGGGUUCGUCAAUUUCGAUGUGUACCGAUCGCCGAACGCGCACAAGGCAUUUGAGUCCAGCAAGCAGAUCGUCCUGGACCAUCUGUCUGGGGCCAUCCCGUUCGACCCGCUCAUGCUGGAGGGCUCUAUCAGCAGCAUUGUUGUCAGCUUUGCCAACGAGCAAGCCACCAUCGCCGGUGCCGCGCAGGGCAGCUUCAUCCGCCAGGUUGUGCGCAACUUGCCCAGCGACUACAAGGAGAAGGUCCUGAAGCAGGUCCGGGCCACCAGCGUGGACGAUGUCAAGGGCGCCCUGCGGGAAAUAAUUCUCCCCUUGUUCAAGCCGGAGACUGCUAAUAUCGUGGUCACCUGCGCCACUGUGCUUGAAGAGACGAUCAAAACCGGCCUUGAAUCAUCCGGCUUCGCCCCGAAGGUGCAAGCUCUCAAGGAAUUUGAAGACGACUAUGGAUUGAAGGUGGGCGAUGAGGACGAUGAGGAGUCCGAUGACGAUGACGACGAGUACGAAACGGGGUCCGAGGAAGAUGAGGAUGACGAGGAAUCCGAUGACGAGUGA